CUUUCAUGCCCCAUAGUUUGCUCUUGACUCGACCAACACCCUAUAAGAAACCCCUUCACAAUUCACAACUUCAUCUUCCCAUGGCAACAUUUUCUUCUCAAGGAAAAAAACCCACCAAAAAAAUAUAUAUAUUCCUUUUUCAAGAAAAUUUUCGUUAAUUUCAUCAAAAGAAUCAUCAGACAAUAUGAAGAUGAUGAGUGGAAUGAGCAUUGGAAACUCAAAGAGAAGAAUAUCUAGCAGAGGAAUUGGUGGGGUACUCAGAGAACAAAGAGCUAAGAUUUACAUUAUAAGAAGAUGUGUGGUUAUGCUUCUUUGCUGGCAUGAUUGAGUUCGAUCGAUCCUUCAGACGGCUAUGGCUCGAUUUGAGACAUAGGACGAAGAAAAAACAAUUUCAACUCACUACCGGAUUAGGCGUCAAGUCGAUUUUUUCCUCUCAUCUUUGCUGACAUGAUUAAGUUAGGUAACCUUCGCCAGACCGUAGCUCGAUUCGAGACAUUGUACAAGGAUGUACAAUUUUAAUUCACCACCGGAAUAAGCAUAGAAGAAGCCUUUUUCACCCCCUCUCUUAUUAGAGUGUAUAUGUAUAGAGACGGCUGAUAUUAUAUUAUUUAAGUUAACAAUUACUUUGAUU